UUGAUGCUAAACUAGUCGCCUGCGUGACAUCAUCUCAGGCCUUCACGUUAUAUUUCCUCAGAACGCGUCUCUCAUCUAUGGUGAACUCAUCAAAAAAAUGUUACGUCGGAAAAAAUGACAAAUAUAUGAGUGAUUCAUGCGAAAUUGACGGAUUAGCUGCAUGCGUAACGAAGCUACUUUUGCCCGUUGAUCAAGACCAAUCAGCAAUAGUCACAAAAUCGUGUAUGGAGAAAAACGAGUGCAUGGAACUCUCGGAUAAAAACAAUGAAUUGUGUCUUAAUGAUGAAUCCGCAGAAGGAGAAAGUGUGUGUUACUACUGCUGUUAUACCGAUGAUUGUAAUCAAGAGAUACAAAUCAAUAUUAUUCCCAAAAGUACUAGCGAUUGAAGAUUCAAAAUAUAUUUUUGUAUAUUUCAUGCUAACACAAUUUGUUUAAAUGAAAAUUUCAUACCCCAUGACAUAUCAUCUUGCAUUAUCGUAUAUUCCCACGUUUUCAACAAUGCUUAGUCAUUUAUUCGUUACUGCAUUUUCCAGUUUUUAUUUUUAUUUAGUUACGAAUUCAUCUACUUUUGUUGUUCGCUUGUUGGAAACAUUAUUGUAACAAAUGAAAAUUGUGUCUCGUUUCACUUUAUAAUACUGUUGCUAAAUGGGAGGAAUCAUUUUUAUUUGUACUACAAAAAUAAAAAAAAAUCUUUCCUAUGUUUUAUAUGUCUAUUGUGUACUUUAAUCAAUCAAUGAUAAAUAAUAAGAAGCAAUUAUAAUAUUAAAUGUAAUGCUUAUGCUUCUCAGUUCCUUAUACAGAGUGAGUAGGAAUCAAUCGGCAAUCAUCAUUUAUGUCUAACAUAACGUAGUAAUAGAUAGGGAUUACAGUUUUUUGUGGAGUUACAGUCUGGACAGUACAGUCGAGAAGCAAGAUAACCGUACAAUUAACAAUACAAUACUGUUUACGAAACAACGGCAAAUAUUUUCCUAAGCAAAAUUCAUCCUAGCAAUUAUCCUUGUAUUUUUUCAUCAUCUGAAAGUCACAAUACAACUAACGAUAUAUAUACUUGAUAAAAUCUGAUCAAUCGCUAUGCUAGAUAUAAAAAUUGGUUUCAUGUUGCAUUAACAUUGAACAACGUUGAUG